AAGAAACCGGUGAGCUCAUUGGAUCCAUACCGGUCCAGUUUACCAUCGUUGCCGGUACUCCAUUCUGCCACCGUAUCUCUGCCGCCGGACCACCGUCUUCUUCCGACGUCUCUAAAUUUCCGACUUCUGUCAAUCAAGAACAGAACUCGCCGCAGUGUUUUAGGGUUUGGUAGCGUCAGCUACAAAUCAAAGGACCUGUACUUUUGAAGUUGAUAGUGAAUCAUGAAAAAAUCGGGAUAUGGUUUACAAUUAAGAGUUCCACCAUCGCAGCAGAAGAAGAAACAGCCUGCAAGGCCUCCGCUUCCUAAAGCACUUGGUUUUGGGGAUGGUGAUGAUGAUGAUGUUGAGAAAGAAAUUUCUCGUCAUGCCUCUAAGAAUAAGGCUCUUAAAGAUAUUGAAGAACAACAUAAGAAGGCUUUAGAAGAGGACCCUUCAGUAUUUGAUUAUGAUGGAGUAUAUGAUGAUAUGAAAGUGAAGGCUGUCCAACCUCGAGCUCAGGAUCGCGAAGAGAGGAAGCCAAAAUAUAUCCAGAUGCUAAUGGAUAAGGCAAAACAGCGAGAACGGGAGCAUGAGGUCAUUUAUGAGAGGAAAAUAGCAAAAGAGAGGAGUAAAGAUGAUCAUCUUUUUGCAGACAAAGACAAGUUCGUCACUGCUGCUUACAAAAGGAAACUUCAAGAGCAGGCUAAGUGGUUGGAGGAAGAGCGUCUUCGUGAACUACGAGAGGAGAGAGAUGAUGUUACUAAGAAGACGGACAUCAGUGAUUUUUACUUUAGUCUUCAGAAAAAUGUUGCCUUUGGAGGAGAGGGCAAGUCCAAGAAGGCUGUGAAUCAUCAUGAACCGGAAACAGUUCAAACAGAAGAAAAACCUUCAUCAUCAGCGGAUGUACAUUCACACAUGUCUAGGGAGAUAAAGACACAAGAUCAUGAACCUUCUGUUUCUCCUCCUCGUAAGGAAAGGACUGAUGGAGCCGCGGAUAUGAAGCCUCCUUCAGAUGGUUUGUCUGAAGAGAGGGCCGAAAAACUAGCUUCUGACAGUGUACCAACUACUACCACUGAACCUGCGGCAAGUGAUCAACCAAAAGUUGACCAUCAUAAAAGAAGUCUGGACGCUGUUGCUGCAGCUAAGGAACGGUUCUUGGCUAGGAAGAGGGCGAAGGAACAAUAGGUUCCAGCUGCUGCUGUUGUUUUUUUGGUUGAAGCUGAUAUCUUAUCUUUCUAUGAUUAAGAUUUACUCCUGUUAUAUACACACACUCGCAUUGUUGUAACGAUCUUUUUCAUGAUUUCCGACAUUUGAAUGCACAUUUUCUUACUUUCUAUUGAA